AUGCCGCCCUUCCAAGAACUCCGGCCUCCCAAAAGGAAAUUGGUCGACGAUGAACUUUCGAGCAGGAAGCGAUUUACCACAGGUCUAGGCUUAGCUGCCGCCUCCACCUCAGUAGACGAAGAACUAGUAUGGAUGGUACAAUGGAGAAACCGUCAAUACAAGAAGCAUAAAACAUGGGAUGGUGAUGCUAUUCUUGUUGUCAACCGUAGUAAAUGCACCCUAUUUGACUCUGAAGGCAAAAUCAUGUCCACUGGCAAAGCCGAAGCACCCCUAUUCGAAGGAAAGAGCUUUUUUGUUGGCGCCAAAGAGGUUGAACUGGAUCGGCCCGUUCUAAGGACGGAGUUUCUUUCAGGUCAAUGCUUUGGCCGGCACAAUAGCAUUCAAGGACGUGAUGCGUUUGAAACUCAAAACGAUUUGGCUCACGUGAAGAAAUUUGUUUCUCCCGUCGUGAUGAAGAAGCCAUUAGAAGGGGCGCCCCCUGGCGUCCGCGCAGGAUGUCUGAAAUCAGAGAAUGGGCCCCCACAGAAUUUCGAUGGAGUGGCUUCGAACGUUCGAAAGUCUUACUGGACUGCCAAUUGGAGGAAACAACAAAACAAAAAGCAUAAAACUUGGGACGGAGACGCAUAUAUAUCGCAUGAAGGCGACAAGUUGACGAUGAUAAGUGAAGAUGGUAAAAUCAUGGGAAGCACCGCUUGGAAGGGAGAGCUCCUCUGCGCGGGCUACAGUGCAUAUAUUAGCGGGAAGGAAUUCCAACUUGAUUGCGAAAUUUCUAGGUCGCAGCUUCCCGACAUGAAAGAGAUCAGUCUGCCUGAAGAGUCAACCUCCCAUGUCGAAGAUCCCCUACAUUUUAGCGGUCAAGGGUCGACGACGAACCCAUCCGUUGCUCAUGAGUUUAUUUCCCCUGCGUCUUUCUAUGCAAUACCAAAAUCUAAGCCCAAAGGCCCACUGCACGAUCCCGAUGCCGCUGAUGCCGUUGUUAUGAAAUUCCCAAGUAAAGAACAUACGAAAAGCAAUCUCAAUGUCGUGCCUGUUGUUUUGGACCCCAUACUCUCACGGCGAAUGAGGCCACACCAGAAAGAAGGUUGGCUAACCGGUGUUUCGUCGGUCAGGCUCUAUUCUGAACAACUCUCACAAGGUGUCAUGUUUCUGUAUGAGUGUGUUAUGGGCCUGAGGAAGCAUGAAGGUCAAGGUUGUAUUCUCGCCGAUGAGAUGGGUCUCGGGAAGACGUUACAAACGAUCGCCUUGAUCUGGACAUUGCUCAAACAAAAUUUAUAUGGUAGCAAAGAGCCAGCAGCCAAGAAAGUUCUUAUCGUGUGUCCUGUGUCCUUGACUACCAAUUGGAAGGCCGAGUUCAAUAAAUGGCUUGGAAAAGAUCGUGUCGGGGUCGUGAUCUGCGAGAAAGACAAAAGCCGCGUCAACCAAUUUUUUUACAACAAAAACCAGCAUGUUUUGGUCAUCGGUUACGAGCGGCUUCGAACAGUUAUAGACACUCUUUCGUCAGGCGUGUCCGUCCCAGCGAUUGACUUGAUUGUAUGCGAUGAAGGUCAUAGGUUAAAGUCCGCUAACAACAAGACGACUGCUAUACUCAAAGCUCUUCGAACUCCUCGACGCGUCAUCCUCUCAGGUACCCCGAUUCAGAAUGAUCUUGGAGAAUUCCAUGCGAUGGCUGAAUUUUGUAACCCCGGCUUGCUUGAUGAUUACAAUGUUUUCCGUCGAGUUUAUGAGUCGCCAAUCUUGAAGAGUCGAGCUCCAGAUGCCUCUGCAAAAGAGAUCGAGAUUGGCGAGACACGCACAGCUCAGUUGCUUUCGAUUUCCAACAGUUUUGUUCUCAGGAGAGACGCCACCCUUCUCAAAAACCAUCUUCCUCCCAAAUAUGAAUACGUGGUUUUUGUCACCCCAACUGCCCUCCAAUUAUCUAUGUUCUCAAAAAUCCUCCGGCCUGACAGGCUGAUUGAUCUUGUGCAGAGCUCAACAGCAGAGUCUCUUGCUUUAAUAAACAUUUUGACGAAAAUCAGCAAUAGUCCAAUAUUAUUGAAAGCGGCGGCGGAUAAGGCCAAGAUCAAGACAAGCGGUGAUGCUCCGUACAUCCUAAGAACUGGAGUUGACGAAGCAUUGGGGUUACUCCCGGACACCACUCAUUUUGGGGACUUUUCAUUGAGCGGGAAGCUUAUCGCUCUUGCAAAGUUAUUGACCAUCAUCCGCCACACCACUGAAGAAAAAUGCGUCCUGGUUUCUCAUUAUACAUCGACGCUGAACAUACUAGAGGCCUUCUGUCAGAAAAAGGGUUAUUCGUAUUACCGAUUAGAUGGGCAAACUCCGCAAGUCAAGAGACAAGAAUACGUUAACGCUUUCAACAACGUGUCUCAAAGAAGUAGCUUCAUAUUUCUACUCAGCUCAAAAGCUGGAGGGCUUGGAAUCAAUCUCAUUGGUGCUUCAAGACUUUGCUUGAUAGACUCCGACUGGAAUCCCAGGUUAGUUGGACGGCGAACACAAUUGACACCGACGCUGAUUUCAGACAGUCACGAUUUGCAAUCUAUGGCGAGAUGCCACCGGGAUGGACAAAAACGACCCGUGUUCAUAUACCGGUUCCUGACAACUGGUGCAAUCGACGAAAAAAUCUAUCAAAGACAAGUCACUAAACUCGGAUUGAGCGCAUCUCUCAUUGGAUCGGCGGGCUCGUCGUCCGCAUCUAAAACUGAUUCAUUUUCUCGCAAAGAGGUACAUAUACAGCUCCAGUUUCAUUUCAAAAAUUCAACCGAUGUACAGCUCCGGGAUAUCUUUCGCAUCCAUCCUGACACCAUAUGCAACACGCAUGACUUGCUCGAGUGCCAAUGCGAAGAGUCGGGUGGCCGCCCCUCGGAUACUUGCGAAGAAGUACAACCUGUGGACCCCAACACGGAGGAUAAUGUGUUGGAGAGGGGAUUUAUUGCAGCAUCGAAUGUGAAAAUGGACGCGUCAGACCCUGUGGACACAGCGAAGAAGAAAGCUGCUUUGGCGUUGCUGAGCGAAUGGAAGCAUAUCAAUUGUCAGAGAUCUGGGUGUCACGACCUCAUUCACGACCAUGCUCUUCGCAAACUUGUGCAGGAGGGAGAGGAGGCAGGCGGAAGUAUAUCAUUUCUGUUUGAGAAAGGGAGCGAAUCAUCAGAAGAGGAGUGA